UCGUACCUGAAGAAGUCCCCGUCGAGGCAGGCCAGCGUGCAGUUCGUGUCUGGCCUGGCCUCGCUGCUGUACCUGCGCGGGCUCAACCACGCCGACCACUUCAUCCUCGCGGCCAACCUGGGCGGCGUGGGCGCGUUCGGCGACAACGUCUUCCUGUACCGCGAGAACGAGCGCGUCACGGCAUGCUUCUUCCACGUGCUGCAGGCGGAGCGGGCGGGCGCGGCGCCCCGGCUAGCGGGCCAGCUCUUCUCCUACUUCGUCUCCUUCAGGAAGGUGCUGAGCGCGCUGCCGUGGCUGGAGGAGCAGGUGGGCGAGCAGAUCCAGGAGAUGGAGCUCGUCUGCUACACGGACGCCAAGCUGAGCGCGGAGGCGAGCUACUCGCACGCCGACCACAUCGCCGACGGCGGCGGCCUCGUGUGUGGGCCGGCCGCCCUCGAGCGGCCGUGGGAGCUGUGCGACGAGAUGAACAAGUACUGGGACUUCCUCGUCGACAUGGCGUACGACAUUUCCGAAGGCGUGGAGGAGGCGACGCUCAUCGCUUCCACGGAAAUGUUCAAGUCGGUGGUCGCCUCGGAGGAAAUACAUCAACGCGUGGAGAACUUAAGGAACGACCUAAGUGAAAACGGUGUGGAGUUGUUGCUGUCUGAGAUGGGCGGUGAAGUGGAUAGGAUGGAUUUUAAGGCGUUUCUGGAAAAGUUUAAAGUGCUUCAUUCUCAACCAGAUGAAAAGAAGUUGAUGGAGUUGGUUAAAGAUGAAUUUCUUAAAUUAAGUGGUGCGAAUAGUGAUACGGGUGCGUUUUCUGAAGAACAGCUUGCGAAAAGCUUAGACGAAGCAUUUUCUUCCUUUCUCAAAGGCAUUUGCAAGUGGGUGGAAGAGGGGGACGAUUGGUACUCCAGGUACUCACAAGUGUGGGCAAAUGUUGUUACCGAAGUGGUGCGAUUGAUCGGAGACCCAAUGUUAAAAGCUCUCGCCUCCUUCGAUGUGAAAUUUAUUGAGGAUUCUUUAGAAAAUCUUAGUGAAGAAAUUUUAGAAAACAGCGUUGUGUGUGUGGACUGCCAAAGUGAGAAUACAGUUUUGAAUCUCGUGAAAGUACAUAAUGUUCUAGAAGGUCUUGUGUAUUUUCUACUCAAUAUUGGGAGCUUAAUAAAGUACAGAUCUCUUAUUGUGAAGGCACUUGAACGAUUUUGGUGCUCAGUGUUAGUUAUUGACGUUACAGGGGCCCAGAUCUCUGAACUGAGCUUAAUUCUUAGGGAAAUUCAUCGAGCCUUGUCUUUGAAUCACGAUGCUAGACUGAUAUUGGUAGCUCGAAAUUCAAAAGAGAUAUUAAUACCAUGUUUAGACAUGUUGGAAAUUAAGUACGAGAACUACGUAGAUGUCAUUUCCUGGAACAGUUUCAGUGCAAGUUGUCAAACAACGCUUCUUAAUAAACCAGUGCAUUUUCAAGGUGUAGAAACGACUCUUGGCACACUUUUAGGACCAUACUCAGAAAUUUUUAGUGAGUUUCAAGGAGAUUUUUUGCAUUCAAUACUCACUACAAAAGACAUGGUAGUUGGUUGUGAUUUACCCGCUGUUGCUGAUUAUUUUCCUCGAACUCUUUCUCGCUCAAUUUCAUUCAACAUGACAAUUCUAAGAAGUAAAAUUGCAAAUACGUUACUUGCUUUAACCGGUGCAUCACUAGCAGAAGUUAUUCAAGUCAUUCCAGAAGGAGAGAAUUAUCACAUUUACGAUCACAAGAUGGAUACUAUGGACACGUUCGAAGGUUUAGAAAUAAUUGUGAUUGAAAAUGAAAAUGAUGAACAACCUUUCUCUGAAAUAGCAGUAGAUGGCAAUAUGAGUGUCCAUUUCUUUGUUCUCUCGGACGAAAAAUUGUCAUGGAAGUGGUCAGUUGGUAAUAUGAGCACACUUGAUCCAUAUCUUCUGAAGGAGAAGGCAGAUCGUUUCCAAAUAGAUGAUGCCACUAGUUCUCCUGAAAAGUUGACAAUCGUCACUGGAGAAGAAGACACCGGAAAGACCACAUUCCUUCGCCAUGUCGCAAGAGGUACAAAAGAAGCAAAUGCGAAUCUGUGGGUGGUGUGUUUGAACUUACCAGAACACGAAGACUUCAUAAACAACACUCUAUUCGACGACCCGGAGGAGCUGUACCCCCUUUUGAGGGAGCUGGCGACGUACCCUUACGACAGCGUGCUCAGCGACAUGUUGUUCGUGCGCUACUGGAGGGACGGCAAUAUUGCGGUAUUCAUCGACGGUUUUGAGAGCGUGCCUUGGCAUCUUACCGGCCAGAUCACGGACAUGAUUAAACUCGCGAGGAGCAAGGCUCGGAGCGUGUUUGUCGGAUGUCGCUCCAAGAUUAAAAACGCCCUCUGCGGGAACCUCUGUACCUUCGCCUUUUCUCUGCUUCCCAUCGGCGAAGACGAUCAAAGACGCUUCCUCUUCAACAAAUGGGGCAAUAAAGUGACGGAUAACAACCGCCUCGGCGUCUUUGUUGAAGCCAUUAUGACGUUAAUAAAGAAUUCCGUGGGCCAGGAAGAUGAGAAACUGUGUUGCCGUCCGCUGCUCACCGCCAUUGUUGCCCACGCUUUCAACAACGAGCUCUUGGCUUUCGCAACGUCUGGCAACAUCGCCGUACCCAACAAACUUAACCUCAUUCAUUUCUACGAGAAAUACGUCGAAAAGUGCUGUUAUGACUUCCUGAUGAAAAGAGCGGCGACUGAUACGCUGACACAGCAGCUUUUAAUAGAAAACAAGUUAAGGUUGAUGGAUCGGUAUAUGAUCCUAGCUGUGAUGUUGUUGAUUCCCAAGGACGACAUAAAGCAAAUGACCGUCAUUGCGGCUCAGUACCAGAACUACAAGGACCUGCGGCGCCUGAGGCAAUCGUCCGGAGAGGGCAGCUUAAUCACGCUGGUGAACGACUACCCGGUGUUCGUGCACCGCACGCUGCCCGAGUACUUCCUGGCCACGUGGCUGUCGGAGGUGCUGGUGUCGGUCAAGGAGUUCGUGGAGGAGCGCUUCCUGGAGCCGCGCUACGCCGGCGUGCGCCUGUGGCUGGACCGCGUGCUGGCGCGCAAGCAGGAGCUGCACUGGGCCGUGCUGAACGGCGACGAGGCGGCGGCCGGCACGCUGCUGGCGGCGGGCGUGCCGGUCAACGCGGCGGACGAGGGCGGCCGCACCGCGCUGCACCUGGCGGCCGCCCACGACAUGCCCCACAUGGUGGGGCUGCUGGUGGUGGCGGGCGCUGACGUGGGGCUGGCGGACGGCGUGCUGGGCUGGCGGCCGCUGCGCUACGCCGACCGCGUGCGCGCGUGGGGCGCGCUGGACCGGCUGCUGCCGGCGGCGGGCAAGGCGGCGCGCCACGACCUCGUCGCCACGGGGCGCCUGCUCGACAGCGAGGUGCUGCUCAACGCGGCGCUCGUCGGCGCCUGCGAGCGCGGUCACGUUAUCGACUUCGAAGGCUCCACAGCGCUGCACAUCGCCGCAGAGAACGGCCGAACCGAAAUGGUCGAGUACCUGCUGCAGCGCGAGCUGGACGAGCAGACGGAGAAGACGCUGUGCCACAACCUGCUGCGCGUGUUCAAGGGCGACCCGAAGCGGCGCGCGAAGGCCGACGUGAACGUGCAACGCAACGACGGGUCGUCGGCCGUCAUCCUGGCGGCGCAGGAGGGCCACGCCGACACGCUGCGCGCGCUCUUCGCCUUCGAGGCCAGCGCCAACAUCAAGAAGCUGAACGGGGCGACGGCGCUGCACGCGGCCGUCGCCGACAACCACGCGGAGGCGGCGCGCGUGCUGCUGGAGGCCGGCGCCGAGGCGGACCGCGAGGACGGCGAGAGGCUCCCACGCCGCUGCACUAUGGCUGCCGGGGGGGCGAGAUUAGAGGAUCAGAUAGCCGCCGCCACCGAGGGCCACGCCCGG